GAAAAACGUUUCUCACUUCUUGACACCUAACAAACUUUUCCGUCAAAUUCACAGCCACCAAUCCCCACCGUCAACAACCAUGACAACAAUCAGUCUCCGGAAAGGAAACACACGACUCCCACCGGAAGUUAACCGCGUCCUUUACGUCCGCAACCUUCCUUUCAACAUCACAAGCGAAGAAAUGUACGAUAUAUUCGGCAAAUACGGUGCAAUUCGUCAGAUCCGAAUCGGAACUAACAAAGACACUCGCGGCACUGCUUUCGUCGUUUAUGAAGAUAUCUACGAUGCUAAAACCGCCGUCGAUCAUCUCUCCGGUUUCAAUGUUGCGAAUCGGUAUCUUAUUGUUCUUUAUUAUCAACAAGCGAAGAUGAGUAAGAAAUUUGAUCAGAAGAAGAAGGAAGAUGAAAUUGCGAAGAUGCAGGAGAAAUAUGGUGUUUCUACUAAAGAUAACAAGUAGUUGAUGAUUAUAUUCACAGCUGAAAGUCCAACAUUAAAUGUUGAUACACUACAGAGUUGAGUAUUACUUCAAGAGUAGAAGAAAAUUUACAUGAUGUUUUAGACUUUAGUAAUGAAUUGUAUCAAUUCGAUUCAAUUUGGCACGUCAGCUAUAUGUAUCAAGUAUUGAAUUGCACAUGGAUUUGGCAAAGUGAGCUAUUUGUAUCAUGUAAUGAAUUGUAAAUGGUUUCUGUUGGAAUAGGAGAUAAACUAAGUUACUUGACAAAAUAUCAAACAUAUUGGGAGAUGUUUCAUAUAUUCUAACUAUUUUUAAUCUUGUGAUACA